AUGAAGAGCUUCAUCAACCUCUUUCUCGCGGCCACCGCCGCCACUGGCGUCAUGUCUUUCGCCUUCAGCAAGCCCGUCGAGCGGCGUCACACCGGCGCCGAGCUCAAACUCAAGCUCGCUAACGACGUUGUCAACUCUGCCGCCUACAAGAAGUUCAUGAGCACUGAGGUUCUGCACCCGAAGGUGCUCAAGGCUCGCAAGAACGACGAUGACGACGAGCCCGACCCAAACCGCAACGCGACCAUCCCCGACGCCAUCUAUGUGCUUCAGUGCGUUGAGGAAAGGCAGGGUUUCCAUGGUCUCUGCGGAACCUUCAGCUCCAGCCCCGGCCAGUGUGUCUCUUACUACGACUACAACCAUCACAACACCACCGAUAUCAGCAAGCCUUUCAACAACAAGGUCAGUUCCCUGUCUGUCGGCUCCGGUGGCAAGUGCCAGUUCUACAAGUACAAGUUCUGCGACAACAAGAACGACGACAGCGGUCUCACCUCUUCUUACAACUUCGACCUGUCCGUCGCUCUGCCCGAAGACCCUCGCACUGUCGAGUACGAUAACCAGAUCACCUCUUGGAGAUGCUAG